AUCGCACACGCGUCGUUGCCUAAUUGCUGUUGCUGCUGCUGCUGCUGCUGCUAGUGUAUGGAUUCCACAAGGUCAACGAUAUGAUACAUUCAAACCUAACAACAGAAAGCCAGAACUGGGAAUUUAAACAUCCUCAUUUCCGGCGAGGUGCCAUUGAAGACCUCAAAAAUAUAAAACGAAAAAGUGCCAAAUCCCGUCAUCAUUUGCAGCAUCGCCCGCCGCUAUCAGCUUUUCCGAACGAAGGAGAUGAAUUUCUCUACGGACCCAUGUACAAACAUAUCUUGGACAUGGAGGAGCGUUUACAUAGCAUGACCAAGGCGUACGAGGUGCUUCAUGUCCAAACUGCGUCUCUACGGAGUCUGCUAAGUGGACAACAAGAGAUAAUUUCUCAUAUAGCCGAAAUAAUUAUAGCGGCAUCACGCGAAUCUUCAGCUGAGUUAUUUCAGAACGUCAACUUGGAUGGAUUGAAACAACAAGUUGUCCGUUUGCAAGAUUUAUCAUCAUCACUGUUACCGAACGAUUAUUCCAGGGAAGGAUCCCAAGAACUGUCCUUUUCGAAUUCACCGUCGAUUAUAUCCUCAUCGUCUCGGCCGCAAAAGCAGCAACAACAGCAGCAAUCUUCUGGAUUCCCGUCUGCAUCACCAGUGACACCAAUACAAGUACAAUCCAAUAAUCCUGGAAUCUCUUCAUCUCCAUCUUCUUCGCAGCAACAGCAACAACAACAACAACAACGACAACAAAUAGUACCGCCGGCACCACAACCACCACGGCUACCAUCCAUAAACACAUUCAGUGCCAACUUUUCCACCACAACACUUCGACCUCCUGUCGGUUACGGUGGUUGUGGUGGUGGUGGCAGCAGCAGCAGCAGUAGUAGCAAUACUGCUGCUGUAGAUGAGAGCAAUAAAAGUGGAUCCACGUCACCGCUGCUGGACGGCUUUGCCAGGAGAAGCUCUGAGCAUUCUGGAGUGCGACGUGCAUCAGAUGAGCAGAGAGGAGAUCCUGCUCCCGCUCAUCCAAUAACAACAUUGUUGAGUCUUGGGACGCAUUCGCAGCUGUUGAAUCCGGUACCAGAUAACGAGGAAGAAGAUGUGGACAUGAUACAGAAGCGUGGGAAGCGUUUACGACCCAAUGAAUUAUGAUGCGUACUAAACGAUACGGAAAAGAAAAAAAAAAGCAAACGCAGACAUAAUAUGCUUUGACACACACACACACACACACACACACGCAAGAAAAAUCACCGUUCCUUAAAUAUAUACAUAAGCUGAGCAUCUACUAAUGGAAGUAUGUAC